AUGAAGCGGCCUACUCCGUCAGGCGCGGACGGAAGCAAACACUACACAUAUGACAAGAACAUGGGUCAUACCACCGAAGAGUGUGUGACCCUAAAAGACAAAAUUGAAGAGCUAAUCCGGGUGGGACAACUCAAAAAAUAUGUUCGAGUUGACCGUCCUAAGGCACCCGCAGAGCGACCCAACCCGCGGAAAGCAUAUAGACACGACAGGUCUAGAAACGAUCGGACCGAUCGCCCGCGCUCGGAACGACGACGAAGCAGAAGCCGCAGUAAAAACCGCGAUCGUCCUCUGCGAGGACACAUUAACACCAUUUCAGGAGGCUUCGCGGGGGGAGGGUAA